AUGAGAGUUAAUGCACAGUUGCUUAGGUCCAAGGCCAAGGGGCCGCUCCAGACGACCGAAUACUUGGACCUGUCAAACUUGGGAAUAGUGGCAAUAGAAAAGCUUAACAACUGUGCUAAGCUUCACACCCUGAUAUUGCGGGGAAAUGAUAUAUUUGAAGUUGCAAACCUUGAACACUGUGCUCAGCUCUGGAGGCUUGACUUAGGAAACAACUGUAUUAAAAGUUUAGAUGGAUUAUCACGUUUUGUGGCCCUUGGAACUCUUAAUUUAGCCAAUAAUGCUUUAACAUGGCAUGAAUUGGGCAAAAUAAGACAUGUUCACAUCCUGAAUCUUAGUCUACAUGGUAACCCCCAACUGGAAAAGGACCCUUACUAUCGUAUCCAUGUCAUUGACUGUCUGCCUAAUGUGUGGAUGUUGGACGGGAGACUUGUCACAUCUGCAGAAAGGUUGCAGGUGAAACACUUUUUCCAGGACUCAGCCCUGACAGAACACCCUAUUAGACAUAAGCUAGCUAAGGAAUGGUUUGUACCAUCCAACCUAAAGAAGAUCGAAGUCAAUGGAGUCUUUGGUGCAAAGGCCACCCAUGUGAUGACAAGAUUUCCCACCAAUGGGGUCCAUAACAUUGAAACUGACCGACGACGACUCAAAUAUGUUGCUUUCAAUAUACAAGAGGAUCUAGUCAUUGACAAGAAAUACACUAAUCGGGAGUAUCAGGUUUUGAAGUACCGUGUUUCCUUCCUUGAGGACCUUCUGGAGAUUCGACCUACGGACCUUGAGCGCUGUAACAUGCUGUUGUUACUCCUGGUGACAUCACUGGAAUUUGUUCUUCCUACACACCUGGUGAAGGAAACUUUAGAUACAGCAAAGCUCAGCAAAGUUGGGAAAGUGUACACAAUGGAUCUAUUUUUACUCCCAAGAGAUGUGCGUUGUCAAGUUGUCUGUGUUCUUCUGGCAGCCGUAAAGAUAGACAAGGAUGACAGAGAGGAUGGUGGUUUGUAUGACAAACUGUACUUGUGCCUUUUCUACACAAUUUCUGAAUUGAUGAAACUCAGCCAGUCAACCAACACCAAGCAAACGGCCAUCAAGUCAAAGCUUAACACCUUAUACAGUGAUUACAAAUGUCUACUAGCCUCAGAAGUUAUUCAACUGUUGUGUAUAGUACCUGCCUUCUUUGAAUACAUCUCCAAAGAUAUUGGUGUGAUGAAUCUGAUAAUGACGGGGACUGGGGAUUCGUUAAUAGCUGAGAAAAUAGCCAGGGUGUCUUCUGUAGUGGAAGACAAAGGGGGUGAACUGAAGCGACUUUAUGAGGACCAAGCAGAGCUGUUACUACAGAAGGUCCAGGAGCAAUGCCUUAACCUAAGCAAUAGAACUCCAAAAAUGCCAUCUUCAGAUGAGGUGAUCAAUUCUAUGAAGGCACUGCCCAUGAAGCGCCCUCUUUCUGCCCUGGAGUUAGCAGACUUCCAUUCUAAAGGUGUAACAAGUCCCCACAAAGAUGCUCCUCGGAUCAUGAGUGCUAGACGACCAUCAGAGCGAGGCAGGAAGAGGUUCCCACGUCUUGGUGACAUUUUACUGCUUGGGCCACAGACACUGGGUAAAAUUGUGUCCCUCCCACAACCUUUUGUUGCCUUGGUUUCAAUGGAUUCUGUACCAGUGGCCAACGGUGCUAUGGAAAGUAAACUGAAACACAGCGAUGACCACUACACAUAUAUCAAUAUGGACCACCUAGGUUGGGACCUGGAUCUGGGCGUCUGGAAACCGAAGGGAGCCAUUGGUGACAGCCUCCUCAAGGAAUUCCUUGCCAAUCAUAAGUUUCCUAACAGGCUGACAAUGCAUAAUGUUGAGGACCUUCAAAAGGACCUAGAACGCAAGGCCAAUAUGGAUGACAACACUGUCCGACCAAAUUCACCCAACUGGAACACUCCUACUCCUGGACCGGGACAGGAAGCUCCCCUCGUAUACUCACCACGCCACCCCCCUACUACACCGGAGAAGGCACACAGACCCAAGGAGAUGCAGGAGACUCCUCGACCUGUAUCCUCUCUACUCAAGGAAAAACUGGAUUUGAAAUUAGACCUUACCCGGCGAGUAUUAUCUUCACGAGAUCAGGAAUUCGCUAGGCCUGGAGGUGUUGAUAGUCAGAGGGAUGGAGAACCUGUAGCUAUGGACCAGACAGUUGAAGGAAAAGAAGGGGAAGGGCAGCCCAAGACACGGAGACCGGUUCAUAUUGAUGUUACACUGGACACUGGAGCUAUGCCUGCAGCAGAUACUACUCAGCAGACUCGUUCCCAAACCCCUUCACAGACCCCUUCACAGCCCACUUCACAGGUCCCUUCACAGGUCCCCUCACAAGCUCCAACUGUCCCUGAUUCAUCAGCCUCUCCACAACCUUCUGGUAAUGCCACACCCACGGUGGUGACAGCUGUUGGGGGAGUGACAGGCAUCCCUGGGGUACAUGACUGUAUACAAUGUGCAAUGGAAGCUGCAGCUCUGGCCAAGGGGGAGAAACGCCCUGUUGGCCACACUCACCCGGUACAAGGUACAGGUGAGAACAAGGAGAAUCACAUGACCAAUGGUCACCAUAAUGGCCACCACCAUGUCCAAAGCGAACGCCCACAUACUAGUGCUGGUCACCACAUAGAGCUCCAGUUGUCCAUUCCAGGAGACACCUCCCUGGACACCACACAUUCCAGUGACGCAUCCCAAGCCACUCCUAAAGGGUACCGAUCCUCUGCACGCCAUCACCCCUCUCCAAGGUUCGGACCGUUUGCUGGGAAGAAAGUGGCAACUGCGAGGGCGAGGCCAUUUAGUGCUGUGGAUGCUUAUAGGUACAUUGUGGCUCACCCCAUCAGACCAUCACUCGCUGAAAACGCUUACAACACGUCAUACCAACAACAGCGCACAGAGGCCUGGAAACAGUCAGUACAGGCACGUGCACAGCAAAACAAAGUAGGUCACUGGUCACCACCACCAGCGAGACCGUCAUCACCAGCAUUGAAAAACAAGGCAGUGUCCCGGCCAGGAAGUGCAGUCCUUAACCUGUCCACAGGAAACCACUGGCUAGCGGGGGGUAGGGAUGUCUUCUGGGAAAACUAUAAAAAACGACCAAUGUCUGGACAUGUACCGGGAUGGAAGGAAGGAUUACCAGACAGUAUGCAGCGUCCACGAUCAGCUGUGGCAUCCCGUACAUGGAGAAGAUCUAAAGCAUCAUCACCUGUCACCCCGUCCUCCCUGAUGUAUGAAAGUGUGAUGCAAGGUUACCAGAACCCCUGGUCACUUCCUGAGCUAACUGACCUCUCUGACUACCCCUCCCCCACCCACCAGUACACUCAGCCCCGCGCCCUGGGCACGCCCACGCACGGAACUGACUUCUACCACCCACCAGCUCCUGACACUAUCUAUAGAACACCACCCAGUAGUCCACGCAGCAGAAGUCCCAAGGUGAUUUAUCCAGGCAUGCACUGUAUCCUUGAAUCACCAGAAAAUGACAAUGAUACAAAUACUGAUACGCAAGUAUAUUCCUAA